UUCCUCCUCUUGUCAUUAAUCUUCUCGUCCUCAAUAAAUAUUCACAUAUACGAUGACGGGAGCCUCCUGUUUCAGCAUCAUCUCCCUAUACGGCCGCUUCCUCCGCCGCUCUGUUACGGCGCCACCAUCCACUUCUGGGGUCCCCCCCGCGCCGCAACUUCCAAACCUCAGCUACUCCUCAUUCACGGCUUUGGGCCUCAGAGUGUAUGGCAGUGGCGGCAGCAAAUCUCCUUCUUCGCACGAGACUUCGACGUCUAUGUUCCGGACCUAGUAUUCUUCGGCGACUCCUUUACUAAGUCUCCCCAGAGGUCCGAGGUUUUCCAGGCGACUUGCCUCGUCAAACUCCUCGAAAAGCUCGGGAUUCGUAGUUACUCAAUAGUGGGGACGAGCUACGGAGGAUUCGUGGCGUACCGCAUGGCGGCUAUGUGGCCGGAGAGGGUGGAGAAGGUGGUGAUCGCCAGCUCUGCAGUGAACAUGCGGCCGGGCGACAACGAGCGUCUGCUGAAGAAAGCAAAUGUGGAGAAGAUUGAGGAUUUGAUGAUGCCGGCGAGUGCCCAACAGCUGCGGAAGUUACUUGACUUGGUUGUUUUCAGGCGUCCGUACAUUCCUGAUUUCUUCCUGAAUGAUCUCAUUGACAAAUUGUAUUCUGAAAAUAGGAAAGAGAAGCUGGAACUCUUGAAAGGAUUGAGCAUUGGACAGUCGCAGGAUCCUACUCUCACCAUACCUCCUCUUUCACAGGAAGUAUUGAUAGUGUGGGGAGAGCAUGACCAAAUAUUUUUAUUGGAGAGAGGCAUAGAACUGAAGACAAUUGUAGGUGGAGAAAAGGCAAGAUUACAAGUCAUAAAAAACACUUCACAUCUUCCCCAACUUGAACAACCAGCCCACUUCAACACCAUCCUCCACGAUUUCUUACAUGAUCUCUCAUGAUUUCAUCUACCUUUUUUUGUUUCUCGAGUAAAAACCAUAAUAAUCGAUCAAUGUAAAGGGAUCGGAGAUGAUGUGCUUUCUGUUUCUUAUAAGUUGCGUUCACUUAUUUUCGACCAA